ACAGCUGCUCAGUGUUUUGCUUCGACUGGCAGGGAAACUUUUUAGGGACAAUAUGCCGCCCAAGCAGGCUACCAAAGGACAGAAACAGAUUGCAGAAGAGAACAAAUCCACCUUAAACUUUUAUCAGUAUGUAACAAUAGGAGUAAAUGUAAUUUAUUUUUCCUUGCAGAUUUUGAUCUAUUGGAGAAGUUUCACAACAACACAGAUGCUUUUGGCAGCCCUAGCAAUGUCUAUAUGUUUUGGAUGUUAUCAGUUUAUGGCUAAUAUGGCAAAGCCAACAUAUGGAUCCUCGGGAAAUUUGCUUGAUGGUGGUAUAGAUCUCAACAUGGACUCUGGCAUGGCGGAGCAUGCCAAGGACAUGAUAUUGUUGACUUGCAUAGUACAAACAUUGUCUCUGGUAUCAAGUUAUUUCUGGUUGCUGUGGUUAUUGGCCCCAACCUGGGCAUUCUACCUGCUCUGGACAAACUUCCUGGGGCCAUGGUUCUUUGCUCCUGCCCCAGAGGAAGAUGAGAAGAAAACCAGAAAGAUGGAGCGAAAGAUGAAGCGAAAUUGACCUCAGUUUUACCUUAUAAAUGUCCAUUCCAUCGCAAUCAGUCAUUUUUAUUUCCUUCAUGAUUAAUCAUCCAGUUACCAUAUAUAUAUAUAUAUUAUACUUUGUUGGCGUCAGGCUCACAAACUUCCAGUCAUUCUUACUGUAUGUAGGCUUUUAAACUCAGUGCUCAGAACUUAUGAUUCAACAUGGUGUGUUUUUAGUCGUCGUACACUGUGUCAUUUUCUGUUGAUGUCUCAGAUCAGCAUAUUUAUGUCUGGAUAUGGUCAUGGGUUUUCGUGGGCACUGUCCCUGUAAGUGCAGAAUACAUUUAGGUUCCAGUGGGCACAGCCCUUGUAUUUGCAACACACAUGUAGGUUUCAGUGGGCACAGUCCUUGUAUCU